AUGGCGCCCAACACCAAAUACCAACCCGUCCCCGUCGACGAGCCGCUCGAGAGCUCGUAUAGCCAGCCGCCACCGUCAUAUCAAGCCGAGUCGUCGGAUCCACUGGCGCCGCGGACGGAGGAUGAUAAUCUGCCGGAUGAUUUCAAGUUCGGCGGUGUAGUCGCGGAGGCGACGUUGGAUAUUCGGAUGCAGUUUAUUCGGAAGGUGUAUGCGAUUCUCACCGUCCAACUCCUCGCCACCACGAUCCUCGCCUCCAUCUCCUUCUUCUCCCCCGCCUACAAGACCUGGAUCCAAUCCAACGCCUGGAUGAUGUGGACGACGCUCAUCGGCACCUUCGUCUUCCUCGGCCUCACCUUCUGGAAGCGCAAAUCCUACCCGAUGAACCUCGUCUUCCUCGCCGGGUUCACCGCCCUCGAAGCCUACGCUAUCAGCGUCAUCACCUCCUUCUACGACUCCCGCAUCGUGCUGCAGGCCCUCAUCUUCACCCUCGGCAUCUUCGUCGCGCUGAGUUUGUUCGCGUGCCAGACGAAGUACGACUUCACGUCCUGGAUGCCCUACCUGUUCGGUGCGCUGUGGGUGCUGAUCCUGUUCGGGUUCAUGACGAUGUUCUUCGGGCGGAGCAGCACGACGGAGUUGGUGUACGGCGUGCUAGCGGCGCUAGUGUUCAGUGGGUAUAUCCUCGUGGACACACAGCUGAUCAUGCGUCACUAUCAUGUGGAGGAGGAGAUCGCGGCUGCGAUCUCAUUGUAUUUGGAUAUCAUUAAUUUGUUCUUGGCGAUUCUGAGGAUCCUUAAUAGCCAGAGCAGUAACUGA